AUGGACAAACAUCUUUCAUCGCAAAUCUCAACGACCGAUAACAUUGAUUCAAAAGUAGUAUUUAAUAUUCGAGGUUCAAGGUUCGAAACUCUGAAAUCAACUUUAUCAAAAGCACCAGGAAAAAAACUAAAAAAUUUGGACGAAAACAGUGAAUUUUAUGACGAUGAGAAGAAGGAAUAUUACUUUGACCGCGAUCCAGAAAUUUUCAACUAUGUAUUGAAUAUGUGUAACACAGGGCUUUUGCACAUUCCUAAACACAUUUGUACAAGUCUUUUCCGCACUGAGAUGGAGUUCUGGGGUGUUCCAAGCACAAUGAUAUCGACAUGUUGCUGGAGAACGUAUUUCCAAGUGGAUGAAGAAGCAAAAGUGAUUGACGAUCUUCAAAAGACUGAUGGUCAGGUCAACGAAAUGUCGCUUUCUCUAGACAAGGACAGCUUACGUUACAAACUUUGGAUUUCUAUAGAAAGUCCCGAAUCAUCCUUAGCAGCAAAGAUUUGGUAUGUGUUCUACAUGGCCUCUGUGUUGGUAAGCAGUAUUAUUCUGUGUCUUUGGAGUAUGGAGGAGUUCCGAACGGAACACUAUCUAAACACAUUUACAACGGACACUGUCACCCAAUUCGAAAACUCUUCCGAAAAGUGGGCUCGACUGAUGCUGACUGACCCAAUAUUAUCAUUGCUUGUCAUAGAUACACUGUGUAUGAUAACAUUUACACUUGAGUUUGUCAUCUAUUUUGCAAUAUGUCCACGAAAAGAUAUUUUCCUAAAACGACCCAUUAAUAUUGCUACAUUUGUAGUGAUUAUAAUUAUGUGGAUGGGGUUUUUCAUGGAAUUCGUCAAACAGGAAAUGGCUACUAGCCCGACAGCCAGACACUUUUUCUUCACCUGCAAGGCUCUAACCAUGACGCGAUUGUUGUUGUUUCUGAGACUCGGGAACCAAUUUCGAGCAUUACGUGUGUUACUUAAGAGUAUUCGUGCAAGUCUUUUAGAGUUGUUGUUGAUGAUACUUACAUUUGCGAUAACUGCCCUAAUAUUUGGUAACAUGUUGUUCUUUGUGCAGCUGGAAGCCAAGGAUGGAAACGAUAGCUUCUUUAUUUGGGUAUGGUGGGCUAUAAUCACCAUGACAACGGUUGGUUAUGGCGACUUCUUUCCUACCAUAUUGCUUGGUUACGUAGUGGGAGUAGUUUGCGCCGUCAGUGGAGUAGUGAUCCUUUCUAUGCCCAUUGCCGUUAUUUCGUCCAAUUUCUCUGCAUAUUAUUCACUUAGCAAAGAAAAGGGUAGAAUGGCCAAGAUGCGCAGACGAGAAUUAAGAAGGAACAGCCUUGUAGCUGAUAGUUGUGACAUUAGCGAACAAAUGUCUCAAAAAUCGGGAUCUGGCUGA